AGUGACAGCGGCCCGCUGGAGAGGAAGCCCGAGAGCUGCCGCGCGCCUGCCGGACGAGGGCGUAGAAGCCAGGCGUCAGAGCCCGGGCUCCGGUGGGGUCCCCCACCCGGCCCUCGGGUCCCCCGCCCCCUGCUCCCUGCCCAUCCCAGCCCACGCGACCCUCUCGCGCGCGGAGGGGCGGGUCCUCGACGGCUGCGGGAAGGUGCCAGCCCGCCCCGGAUGGGCAUCGUGGAGCCGGGUUGCGGAGACAUGCUGACGGGCACAGAGCCGAUGCCGGGGAGCGACGAGGGCCGGGCGCCUGGCGCCGACCCGCAGCACCGCUACUUCUACCCGGAGCCGGGCGCGCAGGACGCGGACGAGCGUCGCGGGGGCGGCAGCCUGGGGUCUCCCUACCCGGGGGGCGCCUUGGUGCCCGCCCCGCCGAGCCGCUUCCUUGGAGCCUACGCCUACCCGCCGCGACCCCAGGCGGCCGGCUUCCCCGGCGCGGGCGAGUCCUUCCCGCCGCCCGCGGACGCCGAGGGCUACCAGCCGGGCGAGGGCUACGCCGCCCCGGACCCGCGCGCCGGGCUCUACCCGGGGCCGCGUGAGGACUACGCGCUACCCGCGGGGCUGGAGGUGUCGGGGAAACUGAGGGUCGCGCUCAACAACCACCUGUUGUGGUCCAAGUUUAAUCAGCACCAGACAGAGAUGAUCAUCACCAAGCAGGGACGGCGGAUGUUCCCAUUCCUGUCAUUUACUGUGGCCGGGCUGGAGCCCACCAGCCACUACAGGAUGUUUGUGGACGUGGUCUUGGUGGACCAGCACCACUGGCGGUACCAGAGCGGCAAGUGGGUGCAGUGUGGAAAGGCCGAGGGCAGCAUGCCAGGAAACCGCCUGUACGUCCACCCGGACUCCCCCAACACAGGAGCGCACUGGAUGCGCCAGGAAGUUUCAUUUGGGAAACUAAAGCUCACAAACAACAAGGGGGCGUCCAACAAUGUGACCCAGAUGAUUGUGCUCCAGUCCCUCCAUAAGUACCAGCCCCGGCUGCAUAUCGUUGAGGUGAACGACGGAGAGCCAGAGGCAGCCUGCAACGCUUCCAACACGCAUAUCUUUACUUUCCAAGAAACCCAGUUCAUUGCCGUGACUGCCUACCAGAAUGCCGAGAUUACUCAGCUGAAAAUUGAUAAUAACCCCUUUGCCAAAGGAUUCCGGGAGAACUUUGAGUCCAUGUACACAUCUGUUGACACCAGCAUCCCCUCCCCGCCUGCACCCAACUGUCAAUUCCUUGGGGGAGAUCACUACUCUCCUCUCCUACCCAACCAGUAUCCUGUUCCCAGCCGCUUCUACCCCGACCUUCCUGGCCAGACGAAGGAUGUGGUUCCCCAGGCUUACUGGCUGGGGGCCCCCCGGGACCACAGCUAUGAGGCUGAGUUUCGAGCAGUCAGCAUGAAGCCUGCAUUCUUGCCCUCUGCCCCUGGGCCCACCAUGUCCUACUACCGAGGCCAGGAGGUCCUGGCACCUGGAGCUGGCUGGCCUGUGGCACCUCAGUACCCUCCCAAGAUGGGCCCGGCCAGCUGGUUCCGCCCUAUGCGGACUCUGCCCGUGGAACCCGGCCCUGGAGGCUCAGAGGGACGGGGACCAGAGGACCAGGGUCCCCCCUUGGUGUGGACUGAGAUCGCCCCCAUCCGGCCAGAAUCCAGUGAUUCAGGACUGGGCGAAGGAGACUCUAAGAGGAGGCGCGUGUCCCCCUAUCCUUCCAGUGGUGACAGCUCCUCCCCUGCUGGGGCCCCUUCUCCUUUUGAUAAGGAAGCUGAAGGCCAGUUUUAUAACUAUUUUCCCAACUGAGCAGAUGACAUGAUGAAAGAAACAGAAACAGUGUUAUUAGGUUGGAGGACACCGACUAAUUUGGGAAACGGAUGAAGGACUGAGAAGGCCCCCGCUCCCUCUGGCCCUUCUCUGUUUAGUAGUUGGUUGGGGAAGUGGGGCUCAAGAAGGAUUUUGGGGUUCACCAGAUGCUUCCUGGCCCACGAUGAAACCUGAGAGGGGUGUCCCCUUGCCCCAUCCUCUGCCCUAACUACAGUCGUUUACCUGGUGCUGCGUCUUGCUUUUGGUUUCCAGCUGGAGAAAAGAAGACGAGAAAGUCUUGGACAUGAAGGAGCUUUUUGCAUCUAGUGGGUGGGAGGGGUCAGGUGUGGGACAUGGGAGCAGGAGACUCCACUUUCUUCCUUUGUACAGUAACUUUCAACCUUUUCGUUGGCAUGUGUGUUAAUCCCUGAUCCAAAAAGAACAGAUACACGUAUAUUAUAACCAUCAGCCCGCCAGGGUCAGGGAAAGGACUCACCUGACUUUGGACAGCUGGCCUGGGCUCCCCCUGCUCAAACACAGUGGGGAUCAGAGAAAAGGGGCUGGAAAGGGGGGAAUGGCCCACAUCUCAAGAAGCAAGAUAUUGUUUGUGGUGGUUGUGUGUGGGUGUGUGUUUUUUCUUUUUCUUUCUUUUUAUUUUUUUGAAUGGGGGAGGCUAUUUAUUGUACAGAGAGUGGUGUCUGGAUAUAUUCCUUUUGUCUUCAUCACUUUCUGAAAAUAAACAUAAAACUGUUGAAUGUGCCUGCCUCAGUGCCAGCAUGGGGGGACAUGGAUGGGGACUCAGUUGGGGUUGUACCCAAGCUGGUGUACCCAAGGUGUUCUGUCAGCUUUCAUUUAUGGGGAACCUGCUAAGACCCUGAAAUGACUCCAGCUGAGUUACAGCAAGGCCAC